CGCUUCAUGUAUUUUUUGUGUUUUAGCUAAGUUUAGUCUAUAUAUUUAGAGUUGUGAGCCAUGGCAAUUGCAACCAUGACUACUCCUCUUCCUAUUUCCUUUUUCCCUUUUCUUCUUCUCAUUCCCGCUAUCUGUUUUACCAUUUGUGAUGCUAAUUCCAACCUACUUUGCAUUCCAAGUGAGAGAGAAGCUCUUUUGAAAUUCAAGAAUCAUCUUAUUGAUCCUUCAAACAGGUUAUCUUCUUGGGUUGAAGGAGGGGAUUGCUGUAAAUGGAUUGGUGUCGUCGGCCAUAACUUAACAGGCCACGUCCACCAACUGCACUUGGCUGCUCCUCUUUCACCUUACGAGCAGUCAGCCCUAGGAGGCAAAAUAAAUCCUUCACUGCUGGAGUUGAACCAUCUCAGUACCCUGGACUUGAGCAAUAACAAUUUUAGCAGCAUACAUAUCCCGAAAUUUUUCGGUUUGCUGGAGAGUUUAACAUAUCUUAACCUCUCUCGAGCACAAUUUCAGGGAGCAAUUCCUCAUAACCUGGGGAAUCUUUCAAAGUUGCAGUAUCUUGAUCUUCGAGGUAAUGAUCUCAAAUCAGAAAGUCUUCACUGGGUUUCUGGACUUUCUUCCUUGCAGUACCUUGAUUUGAGCUACGCGAAUCUUUCUAAAGCAACUGAUUGGCUACAGGACAUAUCCCAACAAGCACUCAGCUUCAAAGCUUUGAAAACUUGUCUUAUGUGGGCAAUCAUCUUUGCGGACCUCCUCUCACUAAGAACUGCACCUCAAAAAGUAUUCCAACUGAUGUUGGAAAUAAAGGAAGUAAAGUGAAUUGGCUUUAUGUCAGCAUUUUUUUUGGCUUUGUAUUGGGAUUUUGGAGUGUAGUGGCUCCCUUGUUUUUUAGUAGGUCUUGGAGGAUUGCAUACUAUCGAAAGCUGGACCAAAUCUGUGGUAAGCUGUAUGUGUUUUGGGCUGCUAUGGGUAUGUAGUUUGACGGAAAAAAACAUGUAUAAUUGAUGCAUCUGAGCUAGGUGUACUGCUACAUGAUCAUCUAGUGCUGAAAGAUUAGUUUUAGCAUCUGUCUUUUUUUUGGACUCAUCAAUGUGCUAAUAAGGUAGCCCACUCACUUGCCUGAGCUGCUUUGUUAUAUGCAACCCACACGUAAUUGGAUGCUUUUCCGCUUGUAUCUAUUUUGAAGAAUGUUGAAAUUAUGUCUUAUGUUGAUACGAAUGAGGAUUGUGGACGAUAGGUUCGGGUGUACGGGGUGAGCCUGUUGGCUCGGGCUUAGUAGUCUCUCUCCUCUUUGUAUUCGUUUUUGUUUUGUGGCUUUCUCAUAAAUGAAUUUUUUUCUCUCAAAACAAAA